GCUCGGGGGCAGUCGUACACCAUGAUGGCACCGCGGAGCAGCCAGGUCUGAUCCCUCGGCUGUGCAGCUCCCUGUUCAGCAUGGACGGUUGAAGGAGGCGGGGGGAGGAGGAGCAGUUCACUGUGGAGGUGUCCUACAUGGAGAUCUACAACGAGAAGGUCCGAGACCUGCUCGACCCCAAAGGAAACCGCCAGGCUCUGAGAGUGAGAGAACACAAAGUGAUGGGGCCUUACGUGGACGGCCUGUCCCGCCUGGCUGUGGCCUGCUACACGGACAUCGAGUCUCUGAUGUCAGAGGGAAAUAAAUCUCGCACAGUUGCCGCCACCAAUAUGAACGAAGAGAGCAGCAGAUCCCACGCUGUGUUCAACAUCAUCCUCACACACACACUCACGGACCUGAAGUCUGAGACGAGUGGAGAGAAGGUGAGCAAGCUGAGUCUGGUGGAUCUGGCCGGCAGCGAGCGGGCGGCGAAGACCGGAGCAGCGGGGGAACGUCUGAAAGAAGGCAGCAACAUCAAUAAAUCCCUCAGUACUCUGGGUCUAGUUAUCUCUGCCUUGGCCGACCAGGGAACGGGGAAGAACAGGAGCAAGUUUGUCCCCUACAGAGACUCUGUGCUCACCUGGCUGCUCAAGGACAGCCUGGGAGGGAACAGCCGCACCGCCAUGGUCGCCACCAUCAGCCCCGCUGCGGACAACUAUGACGAGACGCUGUCCACCCUGCGCUACGCCGACCGCGCCAAGAGCAUCGUCAACCACGCCGUCGUCAACGAAGACCCCAACGCCAGGAUCAUCAGAGAGCUGCGGGAGGAAGUGGAGAAGCUGAGGGAGCAGCUCACAGAGGCUGAGUCCAUGAAGGCCCCCGAUCUGAAGGACAGGCUGGAGGAGUCGGAAAAACUGAUCCAAGAAAUGACCUACACCUGGGAGGACAAGCUCAGGAAGACUGAGGCUAUUGCACAGGAGCGUCAGAGGCAGCUGGAGAAUCUGGGCAUCUCCCUGCAGUCGUCUGGAAUCAGAGUGGUGGAUGACAAGUGUUUCCUGGUCAACCUCAACGCUGACCCCGCCCUCAACGAGCUGCUGGUGUACUAUCUGAAGGAGCACACGCGGGUGGGCUCAGCUAACUCUCAGGACAUCCAGCUGUGUGGGAUGGCCAUCCAGGCGGAGCAUUGUGUCAUGGACAUCACAGAGAGCAGCGGGGUGAUGCUCACUCCUCACCGCAACGCUCGAACGUGUGUGAACGGUGCUGCAGUCACCAGUCCGGUCCAGCUUCACCAUGGUGACCGUAUCCUGUGGGGGAACAACCACUUCUUCAGGAUCAGCCUGCCGAGGCACAUGGUGCACACAGGGGCUGAGGAUGAGGAGGGGGUGAUGAAGACGUGUCUAAGCAGCGACCAGCUGGAGGUGGACUUUGACACGUCCAGCGACGUGUCCAGCGAGCUGAGCUUCGGAUACGAGUUUGCUCAGGCCGAAGUCAUGAUGAAAGGCAUGGGCAACAACGACCCCCUGCAGUCGGUGCUGCAGACCCUGGAGAGGCAGCAUGAGGAGGAGAAGCGCUGCGCCCUGGAGCGUCAGAGGCUGAUAUACGAACAGGAGCUGCAGCAGCUCCGCCAGAGGCUGACUCCGGAGAAACCCUCUCACCUGCUGGACCCUGCAGGAGCUGCUGCAACGUCACACAUCUCCCAGAAACGCAUGCGCCGCUGGAGCGAGGACAGAGAAGCGAUGAUUACUCGCAGCCUGCGGCGCCUCAGGGAGCAGAUCGUGCGGGCCAACCUGCUGGCUCAGGAGGCCGGGUUCAUCGCCGAGGAGAUGAGCAAGAGGACGGAGUACCUGGUCACGCUGCAGAUACCUGCUGCUAACCUGGAUGCUAACAGGAAGCGUGAUGUCGUGUUGAGUGAGCCGGCCAUCCAGGUGCGGCGUAAGGGGAAAGGGAAGCAGAUCUGGGCUCUGGAGAAGAUGGAGAACAGGCUGGUGGACAUGAGGGAGCUCUACCAGGAGUGGAAGGACUUUGACGAAGACAACGCUGUGAUGCGGUCCUACUUCAAACGUGCCGACCCGUUCUUCGACGAGCAGGAGAACCACUCUCUGAUCGGCGUGGCUAAUGUCUUCCUGGCCUGCCUGUUCUACGACGUCAAGCUGCAGUACGCAGUGCCCAUCAUCAACCAGAAGGGGGAGGUUGCAGGCCGGCUGCAUGUGGAGGUGAGACCAGGAACAGAGAGCUCUGAGGAGGACGCUGCAGGACAGAGCAACUCAGACGGAGACACACAGGACUGCAAAAUGGACUGUGUGGUGAAAAUCCUCCAGGCCAACGGUCUGCCUCGCCACCUGUCCAACUUUGUCUUCUGUCAGUAUCACUUCUGGGGGCAGCAGGAGUCGGUGUUCAUCGCUCCAGAGAUGCAGCCGUCCAGCUCGCCAGCAGAGUCCAGAGACCCUCAGUGCACGGUGGUCUUCGACAGCGCCAGGGUAACAAUUCCACUGCAAGUUUUGACGGAGUUUUCGGUGUCAGUGUCGGAGGACUUUGUGGAGUUCUUGGCUGAUGGGGCGGUGGCCAUCGAGGUGUACGGACACAAGCAGGCCAACCACCGCAGGAACCUAGCUCUGUGGGACCUGGGAGUGAUUCAAGCCAAAACCAGAACCCUCAGAGAGAGGUGGAGCGAGGCGACCCGCCACCUGGAGCUGUGGGUGCAGCUGAUGGAGCUGAACGAGGCCGGACAGUUCACCCCUGUGGAGGUUCUCCCCGCUAAAGACGUCCACACAGGGGGAGUCUUCCAGCUCAGACAGGGCCAGUCUCGCCGGGUCCAGGUGGAGGUGCGUCCAGUACCAGAAUCUGGCACCAUGCCCCUCAUCGCCGCCUCCAUCCUCUCUGUGUCCAUCGGAGACAUCAAGAUCCGACAGACCCGGGUCUCCAGAGGCAGCGAAUCACAUUGGGGUGGGGAUGAAGAGAUGGACAGCUACCAGGAGGCAGAUCUGGAGAGGUUGAGGGAACAGUGGCUGGUGACGCUCACUCAGAGACAGGAGUAUCUGGACCUGCAGCUGCAGAAGAUAGUUUCCAAACCAGAUAAGUCGGAGGAUGAUGUUGAGAGGGAGUCUCAGCUGCUGGAGUGUCGUCUGACGCUCACCGAAGAACGCAACGCUGUCCUGGUGCCGUCGGCCGGCAGCGGCAUCCCCGGAGCGCCGGUGGAGAGGGUUCCUGUUGCUGGGAUGGAAACACACAUACCUGUCCUGUUCCUGGAUCUCAGCGCUGAUGAUUUCCAGUCUAGUCUCUCUGCUCCGUUGGCCGGGGGGCUGGAUGCCCUCCUCAGUGGGGAGGAAGAGGACGACUUCUUUGACCUCCAUAUUGUUAAACACUUUGAUCCAGAGGUGAAGGUGGAGGCCUCCUGGGACUCGACGGUGCACGAGUGUCCCCAGCUGAGCCGCGUGGCGCCGGCCGAUCAGAGGGUGUACCUGACGGUCAGCACGGUGGUGCAGCUCAGCCACCCCGCCCACAUGCAGCUGGUGCUCAGGAAACGCAUCUGUGUCAACGUCACCGGAAGACAGGGUUUCGCUCAGAGUCUGCUGAAGAGGAUGUCUCAGCGCAGCGCCAUCCCCGGCUGUGGAGUCACGUUUGAAAUAGUUUCUAACAUCCCAGGGGACAUCCAUGGUCCAGAGGACAGGGAGAUGUUGGCCCGGCUGGCUGCCAGCACCGAGGACGACCAAUCAGCUGACAGUGAGGCGGCCAUAGAGAAGUACCUGCGCAGCGUCCUGGCUGUGGAGAACGUCCUGACUCUGGACAGACUCAGACAGGAGGUGGCUGUAAAGGAACAGCUGGCAGUCCGAGGGAAAGCUCCCAGACGCUGCCUGAGCUCUCCAAACAUCCACCGACUGUCAGCCAGCAGUCUGGAUCUCUACUCCUCCACUCAUAGGCUCAAUGACUUUAAGGGCUGGGAGAGCCACCAGGACCUCUCCUAUGUCCCGCCUCCAUCCAGACGCACUCUGCCCAGCUCCAUAUCCCAGACCCUGAACCCAGACACAGUGCAUCCAGGCUUUGCUGAGUCUUAUCUCUCUCCAGUGAAGGCUGUUCCCAAGCUGCUGAAGUCCCUGCUUCCUGGUGGGAGAGCAGCUGGUAAAGAGCAGACGCCUGUCCAUCAGCAGAGUUUGCCUCGCAUCAUGGUGCAGUCAGCCAGUGUUGAAGAGGGCAUGAGCAAACACCAGCAGCCGGUUCCCAUUGAGGCAAUCAUUCCUGACCUCCAAACAGAGAGCCCCAGAUCCAAGCCCCUCCCACCGCCAAUCAUCCCGAAGACAGAAGACUCCUUCCCCAGCCCGACCAGCGAAUCAUCGAGCGGGUACAUUUCAACAAACAUGUCUAUAGCAACGCUAGCAGAUGUCUACACCCUGAGCUGGGACCUGCCUCCCUCUGACGUCAUGGAGGCGCUUUCAGAUGAAGAGGAUGCAGACGACGGAGUGACAUAUUACAACCCUUACCCUGAGUCAAUCUUUCGUAAGGAUCAAUCAGAGCCUCAGGAGUCAUUUCUGGUGUUGGACCAUGAGGCAGCUCAAGAGAGGCCUGACUCGCCACCGUCCAAACCAGACGUUACUCCGUCAGAUUCAAACCUGAGUCAACAAGAACCAAAUGAGUCUCCAUCGGUCCAGGAGCAAAAUGAGUCUGAUUCAGUUGCAGAAUCACACUUAUUACAAGAGUCAACAGUUGACAAUGUUGCAUCAGAACAAUUAGACCAUUUUGAGCCACUUGAAGAUUCAAUGCUAGUAGAAGAGAAUGAAACAAAACAGACAGAAAUUCCACAAACGGAAGACCCAAAACCAGAAGCUCCUUCAACAGAAGAACUCGAGUUAGCUGCCACCGACGAGACAGAAGCUGAACUGUCACUCCACCAUGAAACACAACCAUCUGCACCAGAAGCUCAGUCUGAAACAAUUGUCCAAGACCAAACAACCUGCGACACUUCUGAAGAUCCAACCCCAAAACUGGUCCCAGCUGUCUCAGAAGUCCUGGUUCCAGUUCCUGCCCCAUCAGAAGAUUUGGUUCUUCUUGCUUCAUCCCAAGAACUGUCACCCCACCAUGAAACACAACAAUCUGCACAAAAGGUUCCGUCUGACCCAGCCGUCCAAGACCAAACAACCUGCGACAGUGUCCAAGUUCCAACCGAAUACCUGGUCCCAGCUGUUCCAGAAGUCCUGGUUCCAGCUCCUGCCUUAUCAGAAGAUUUGUUUUCGGCCUCAUCCGAAGAACAAGCCACCACUGAGGCCUCAAACCUAAAAGACAGCUCCGUCCCGCCUUCAUCCUCAACCACAGAUGACGUCCAAGAGGAAGAACCUGUGGAUGGGUCCAAUAAAACUUCCUCAGCAGAUUCUCUGUCCAGCGUUCAGCCUUCCAAACCUGACACCGCAGUUGCAAACCCCUUCAAGAUCAAGAAGGUGAAAUCUUCAGACCUCAAGUCCUUUCAGUGUAUUGUGGGAGAGGAGGAGGAUCAGCUUGGGCAGAUGGACCGGGCCAGUAGUCUCGGAGCAGGACUAAACCUCUCUGUGCCCAUGGAAAUCCUGGAAAUCAUCUCAGACUCCGAGGAAGGAGAUGCAAUGUCAGUUCUUCCUGACUGGUUGAAAGAAGGGGAGUUUGUGACCGUGGGGAACAAUAAGAACGGCACUGUGCGCUACCUUGGACCCACAGAUUUCGCAGUGGGAACCUGGGUGGGAGUGGAACUGGAGGUACCGGCAGGAAAAAAUGAUGGUUCAGUGGGCGGCAAACACUACUUCCACUGUAACCCUGGUUACGGCGUGCUGGUUCGGCCGCACAGGGUCAGCCGGGGUGCCGGCAAGCGCCGCCGCCAACAGCAGAAACGCUGCAGUGCUAACCUGUCCGGAUCCAGCCCAAACCUGGCAGCCCUCACCGCGUUGGCUAAAGGUGAAGGGGGGGUGGCAUCAGCCGGCCGCAGCAGGGGAGAGAACCGCAAGUCGUGGAACACUUAGGAGGUUCUAAACCUGCCAAACGGCUCGAUGCUGGACCCCCACAUGCAGCAGAUGGUUGUUUAAGUGUAGGCAUGUGACCCCUCAUCAGAUUGUAAUGGUUCAUCUAUUGAAAGACUAUCCUAGCCAAUGGACUUGUAUUAUGGUUUAAUGGAUAUAUUUUAUCAGACAAUUUGAAUGUUUUUAGGUAUGUAGAUUCCAGUAACAACCUUUUCUAUGCAAUUAUAAUCAUGGCUGUCUCACCUGAAUGGAUUAAUUUGAGUCCCAGCUCAGAAUCAGCACAGUUUUCCAUUCCAUGUGUUUUGCCACAUGCCUGGCAUUGCAAAUAUGGUUAAAUGUAUCCAAAGUUCACUGGAUUACUGUACACUGUAAGACUCCAGGUAACACUACUUCUUCAUGUGCUCACAUUUCUACUGUUCAAGACUAAUUAUGGAGCUGCAUGUUUGGAUAGACUUCAAAGUGUUGCACAUGGUUUUAUACCUAUUGGUUUUUCUUUUUGUAAUUCUUGUGCCUUGAAAUAUUAUGACUACUAUGAUGCCUAUGUGCCUUAGUGUUAAAUCACCAGUGCUGAUAGGUUGGAAACUGUCAAACCAGAGCUUAUUACAGCUCUUGAAUGUGUAUUUCUACUGUUUUAGAACAAAAAAUACUUGCACUGCCUUUUAAACAAUUCUACUGAAAAUGUGCAACAAUGUUAAUCAUUUUUUUUCUAAGUGUGUCAAGAUCGAAUGAAAGUGGCUUCAUUUUGAACAGAGAUGUGUGCCAGUUUUUUGGGAUUUAUUUUAGACUAGUACGUUUUUAAUUACAAUGUGUGUAUGGGAAUACUUGAGGGAUUUUGUUGAACGCAGAGUAUUAAUUGUUUUGGGUAAGUACAAUAUUUGAUAUUAUGCCUGAAAGAUUAUUUAUUUAAAAAUGAAGACAUACAAUUGAUGCUAAAAGCAAAAUCGACUUUUAUAUUGUUGAAUAAACUUAAUUCUGCCCUUAUCAA